UGUUGAAGAAUUUAUUUAUUUAGGGGGAAAUGGGGUUUUAGGUGGGUUUUGAAUGAUUUGGUGAGUAGAGAUUUGGAUUUGGUAUGAAAUCUGGGGUUUUAGGUUUUUUAGAGAUUCGUUUUACUUUAAUUUAGAGAUGGGAAAAUGGAUAUAUUUAGAGAAAUGAAGGUUUGAAAUAAUAUAUUCGUUUGAUUGUAAAAAGCUUUAACCAUGAAACUUAUAUUUUAAAAAAUUUAAAUUCUCAUUCCUAUAUAAAUACAUUAAUAUAUCCCAAUAAAAUUCAUCAUUUGAAUCAUAUCAUUCUCAGAAAGUGGUAAAAAUCCUAUACACCAAAACCUUUGCCCCAAAACUCCCUUUUCCUCCUAAAUCUUCUCUUUGCCACGCUAAACCCAAUCGGAACUGCCAAUAGAUCCCAGUCUCUCACUCUCUCAGCUACCCUAUUCCCCAUUUCCCAAAUAAUUAUUAUAAAUUUCA